AGACCCCCGCUUACCACCAGCUCAGAGAGCCGCAAUCAGUUAACCCAUAUAACGCCGAAGGCAAACAUCGCUCUACGAGGAAAUCGCAAUCAUGAGAGGCAAACGUUCAAAAGCCUAUCGAAAGUUAAUGUCACAAUACAACAUUUCUUUUGGUUUCCAUGAACCAUAUCAAGUCCUAGGUAAGCACCUAAAUAUCUAGCAGUGAUACGUUUACGACUUGUGCUAAUCCCGGCAGUGGACGCUGAAAUACUGAAGGAUUCUGACAAAUUUAAAAUGGAUCUCGUCGGCGGUCUCGAGCGAACGCUCCAGGGCCAAGUGAAGCCCAGUACGUAUCCUACAAACCUUCCUCUACACCGAGGAUCCCACUGACUAGUUGGAAAGUGAUCACCCAAUGCUCCAUCCGCCACCUAUACGCCCUCUCCGGGAGCGAGUUUCCUGGGAAAAAUCAAAUCAUAGACCUCGCAAAGCGCUUUGAGCGCCGUCGCUGCAAUCACCACGAAUUGGAGCAGCCCCUCUCGGAAAAAGAGUGCUUGGAAGCGGUCAUAAUUCACGAUGGCGAGAACAAGCAUCGGUAUUGUGUUGCUACCCAAGGAGGCGACAUUAGAGCAAUGUUGAGGGCUGUCCCGGGGGUCCCGUUGAUCUACAUCAAUCGCUCGGUGAUGAUUAUGGAACCGAUGGCCCCCAUUUCCGCUAUGAAGAGGGAGCGAGGAGAGAGGGAGAAGUUCAGAAGUGGUAUUAUAGAUAUGAGGCCUAAGGUUGGUACUAAAAGAAAGAGGUUACCGGAGAAGGAGGGUGAGGGAGGCAGUGAGGUGGGAGCGAGGGUGGGGGAUGGGGAUGGCAGUGGGGAGCGGGAGGAGGCGAAGAAAAAGAAGAGAAAGGGCCCCAAAGGACCCAAUCCUUUGAGUGUGAAGAAGAAGAAAACCACGCCGAAGCCUGCUACAUUAAAGCCUGCUGGUGUACCAAAGCUGGAAGCCAGCGCACCAAAGUCUGGUGCCGGUAAGUCCGCUAGGAGUGGUGAGUCUGCGAACGGGGCGGACAACGAAGGAGGGAAGAAGCGAAGGAGAAAGCACAAGAGUGCGAAGGUAGAUGGAGCACCGGCAGAGGCCAAGGAUGGACCAGAGCCGCGGGCUUGAUUGAGUCCACCCGAUCGGGUUUUACAAAGGGCCCCGUACCUGUAAUGUAUAAACUUUUAUAAUUCAUGUGAAGCCUUUCUGGUACUUGUAUAUAUAACAUAUCCAAAGGUUUGUUUGUUUGUUUG